AUGGCUGAUCCUGUUGUAUCGUUUUUGCUACAAAAAUUGGACAAACUACUCACAGAAGAGGUGCAGCUCCUUGGUGGAGUAAAGGAUGACAUUCAGUGGAUCAAAGAUGAGCUCCAAAUCAUGAAACCCUUCCUGAAUGAUGCUGAUAAAAUUAGAGAGAGGGACUCAGUUGUAGAUGCUUGGGUUGCACAAGUGCGAGAUGUCGUCUAUGAUGCCGAGGAUGUUCUUGACAAUUUCAUCCUCCGCAUUGCAAACAUAAAAAGGAGAGGAUUCAUAGCCGCCCUCGAUUCCUUUCUCAAAGAUAAUGAGGAGGUUUUAAAGGGCGUGGAGGGCAUGGAAAAGAGAGAACUGCAACAAAAGCUUCACACGUAUUUACUUGAUAAAAAGUACGUUGCAGUAUUAGAUGAUGUGUGGAGAGUGGUUCAUGUUUCGUUUCCAAAUUCCGAGAAUGGAAGCCGUUUUAUCAUAACAACUCGCCGGGGAGAUGUCGCCUCACCACUGUAUGUAAGGAGUGAAGUCUAUAAGCUCGAACGACUAUCAACAGAUGAUGCCUGGUCCCUCUUUUUCAAGAAGGCGUUUUGGUUGGAAGAUGGGAAUACUUGCCCCAUGGAGUUAGAGGAGGAAGGGAGACUUAUUGUUCAGGAAUGCGAUGGUCUUCCACUCGAAAUUAUUGUUGUAGGUGGUAUGAUGUCUCGAAGAGCCCGUUGUGGGCUGCUGAGGGGUUCAUUGAAGGAAGGACAGGUCAAAUCUUGCAGGGUGCAUGAUAUGGUGCGCAAGCGUGGUCUUUCUUUGUGUGAGAAAGAGAUGUUUGGAGCAUUUGAUGAUAAACAAGAUAGCAAAUUGGACAUCAGAACCAGGCGUCUAUCUAUACAAAAUGAUGAUUCCAGUUUCUAUGGAGAGAAGAACAUGUCUUUUCUUCGAACAUUUUUUAUGUUCAAUGCAAGCGGCUCUUUAACACUUCCAUUUGUGCUGUGCCUCAUCUGUUAG